CCAACUGUCACCAUGAAAGCAAUAAGCCCUGUGAGGUCCUUCAGGAAAAGCAGUGCGAGCUUGUCGGAACACAGUCUUGGAAUCUCUCGGAGCAAGACGCCCGUGGAUGAUCCUUUGAGCCUGCUCUACAACAUGAACGACUGCUACUCCAAGCUGAAGGAGCUCGUGCCGAGCAUCCCACAGAACAAGAACGUUAGCAAAAUGGAAAUCCUCCAGCACGUUAUCGACUACAUCCUGGACCUGCAGAUCGCUCUUGACUCCAAUUCCGCUAUAACCAGCUUCCACCACCAGCGACAGCAAGCGACAUCCAGAACUCCCUUGACAACCCUCAACACAGACAUCAGCAUCCUGUCUUUACAGUCUGCUGAGUUCUCCACAGAAUUGACCACAGAUGACAGCAAGCCCCUCUGUCGUUAAAGCGGUGUUUGGUUAUAACACAGAAACACGGGACCUGGGAACUGACUUUUUCCCCCCUCUGUUUUGUUCUCGGUCUGGAUUUCUUCUUUAAUGGAAUCAAAAGAGACGUUGCUAAUUAAAAAAAGGACAAUCUAUGUGAUGUGUUUUAUCAUACGGACAUUAAUAGUUAUUUAUCUAUAGACUUGUUUUGUCCUUUCUUCAAACGGAAGGCUCGCUAUAUUCCCGACAGUGGGAGAAAAGUGAAAGAAGAAUAUCCCCUCUCCAUAAGAAGUCUUUGCUUUUUUGCGAAGGUGGAGCGUGAAUAGAGCGACUGGUUAGUUACUGUAUAAAGUUUAGUCUGUCUUGUCAGAAUUGUUACUUUUUUGGCACGUGAAGGACUGGACGUUGUAAAAAGAAAAACAAAACAAAAAAAACAACAAAAAAAUGAAAUGAACGAUUUAAACCACGUGAACUCUAAUCGGAGUGUCCUCUUGUAUAGUUGCAGAAAUUGCACAUUUCUGCAGAAAAUGUAAUGCUGUACUUAAUUAUGCUGAAACUUUUUAUAAAAGUAAU